AGAAACACUUCCUAGAAACAGCAAUUCGCUGCUCAACCCUGCCUGAACUUUCCCUGUAAACACAGCUCGCUGACAGAACGGCGUCCCUGCUGGGUGGAUCCUGCAACUCCUAGAGGGAAUGGCACUUCUCGUUUUUCAUUAGAAAGGCGAAAGGUGAAUUACACUUAGCUGUUCGGCAAGUCAGUGCAAGAGCCUGACUUCUGAGAGGCUUCGACGAGCCACAAGAGAAGAGCUCUCGGGGAAGGUAGUGGGAGUGCUCGUGGGGUUUUUUUCUGAAUGAACCGCUUGCAGAAGUGACUAAAGAAAACCACAGUUUCUUCCUGAAUCUACGGGCACAGCUACUGAAGAGAGCUUUAGACAGGACGUGCCUCUGAAGACUCAUUCCUUGGAAUGUCCUCUUGCUCCCGGCUUACAAACAACUGUCCUGAGGAAAGAAAGAUUUUACAUAUCCAAAUAAAGCCUGACAAAUGGCACUUUGGAACUGUGCUUUCUGAUGACAACGCGUUCGAUUUCUGACAAAGCCUCUCGCAAGCUGCCCCUGGAGGGGAGUCCUAAGUAAAACUCAAACCCACCUUCAAGUGAGGAUCGUUCGGAGGGCUCGCACCGGGAGCACGGGAGCAUGGCAUCGGCUGGGCACAUUGUCACUUGGCUUCUGUGGGGUUACUUACUGGAGCUCUGGACAGGAGGACACACAGCUGAUACCACUCACCCCCGGUUACGCCUGUCACAUAAAGAGCUUUUGGAUCUAAACAGAACAUCAAUCUUUCACAGCCCUUUUGGAUUUCUUGAUCUGCAUACAAUGCUGCUGGAUGAAUAUCAAGAGAGACUCUUCGUGGGAGGCAAGGAUCUUAUAUAUUCCCUCAGCUUGGAACAAAUCAACAAUGGCUAUAGAGAGAUACACUGGCCUAGUACAGCACUAAAAGUAGAAGAAUGCAUAAUGAAAGGAAAAGACACGAGUGAAUGUGCAAAUUAUGUUCGGGUUUUGCAUCACUAUAACAGGACACACCUUCUGACCUGUGGUACUGGAGCUUUUGACCCACUUUGUGCCUUCAUCAGAGUUGGCUACCAUUUGGAGGAUCCCCUGUUUCACCUGGAAUCACACAGAUGGGAGAGAGGACGGGGCAGAUGUCCUUUUGAUCCCAGCUCCUCCUUCACCUCUACUUUAAUUGGUAGUGAAUUGUUUACUGGACUCUACAGUGACUACUGGGGUAGAGAUGCUGCAAUCUUCCGGAGCUUGGGGCGACUGGCUCACAUUCGAACUGAGCAUGACGAUGAACGCCUGUUGAGAGAACCAAAAUUUGUCGGUUCACAUAUGAUUCCUGACAAUGAAGACGGAGAUGACAACAAAGUGUAUUUCUUUUUUACUGAAAAGGCGCUGGAGGCAGAAAGCAAUGCUCACGCGAUUUACAGCCGAGUGGGGCGACUUUGCGUGAAUGAUGUGGGAGGACAGAGAAUGCUGGUGAAUAAGUGGAGCACUUUCCUAAAAGCGAGACUGGUUUGCUCAGUACCAGGAAUGAAUGGAAUUGAUACAUAUUUUGAUGAAUUAGAGGAUGUUUUUUUGCUGUAUACCAGAGAUCAUAAGAACCCAGUGAUAUUUGGACUCUUUAACACUACCAGUAAUAUAUUUAGAGGGCAUGCAGUAUGUGUCUAUCAUAUGUCUAGCAUCCGGGCAGCCUUUAAUGGGCCAUAUGCACAUAAGGAAGGACCUGAAUACCACUGGACACUCUAUGAAGGAAAAGUCCCUUAUCCAAGACCUGGUUCUUGUGCCAGCAAAGUGAACGGAGGGAGGUACGGAACCACAAAAGACUAUCCCGAUGAUGCCAUCCGAUUUGUGAGAAGCCAUCCACUUAUGUACCAGCCCAUAAAACCUGCGCAUAAAAAACCGAUACUGGUGAAAACAGAUGGAAAAUAUAACCUGAAACAAAUAGCAGUUGAUCGAGUGGAAGCUGAGGAUGGCCAAUAUGAUGUCUUGUUUAUUGGGACAGAUAAUGGGAUUGUGCUGAAAGUAAUCACGAUUUACAAUCAAGAAACAGAAUCAAUGGAAGAAGUAAUUCUAGAAGAACUUCAGAUAUUCAAGGAUCCAGUUCCUAUUAUUUCUAUGGAGAUUUCUUCAAAGAGACAACAGCUGUAUAUUGGAUCCACGUCUACCGUGGCCCAAGUCAGAUUCCAUCAGUGUGACAUGUACGGAAGUGCUUGUGCUGACUGCUGCCUGGCUCGAGACCCUUACUGUGCUUGGGAUGGCAUAUCCUGUUCCCGGUAUUACCCAACUGGCAGCACACAUGCAAAAAGGCGGUUCCGCAGACAAGAUGUCCGACAUGGAGAUGCGGCCCAGCAGUGCUUUGGACAGCAGUUUGUUGGGGAUGCUUUGGAUAAGACUGAAGAGCGAUUGGCCUAUGGCAUAGAGAACAACAGUACUUUGUUGGAAUGCACCCCACGAUCUUUACAAGCAAAAGUUAUGUGGUCUGUACAGAAAGGACAUGACACAAGGAAAGAGGAGGAGUAUAAAGCCCAAGGAAAGAUUUGGAAUGGCAAGAGAUGUGUGAGAGACAUCAGCAAAAAGGUCAUAAUUAAAUUUGUGGAGAUAAUAAAGGUGAAGACAGAUGACAGAGUGGUUAAGAUGGACCUCGGUUUACUCUUCCUAAGGGUGCGCAAAAUGGAUGCUGGGACCUAUUUUUGCCAGACAGUAGAGCAUAGUUUUGUCCACACGGUCCGUAAAGUCACCCUGGAGGUAGUAGAAGAGGAGAGGGUGGAGGAAAUGUUUCACAAAGACUAUGAAGAGGAUGGGCCUCACAAGAUGCCCUGUCCUGCCCAGAGCAGCAUCCCUCAGGGAGUAAAACCAUGGUACAAGGAAUUCUUGCAGCUGAUUGGUUACAGCAACUUCCAGAGAGUGGAAGAAUACUGUGAAAAAGUAUGGUGCACAGAGAAGAAGAGGAAAAAGCUUAAAAUGUCACCUUCCAAGUGGAAGUAUGCCAACACACAGGAAAAGAAGCUUCGUCCCAAAGCCGAGCACUACCGCCUGCCCAGGCACACGCUGGACUCCUGAGGGGGUGAAACUCUCUACUGGCUUCUGAAGAAUUUCUAUUUAGAACCUAUAAAAAAAAAAGAGAAACCAACUUCUUUGCAUUACUUAAAAGAGAUUUCUGUAAUACAGAAAUUACUGUAAAAGUGUUAUGAUAAAUUAUUCUGCAUACUCAUUUGACAGGUUAAAUAUCACAUAAAAUUAAUUUUUAAACAAGUUCAAUGGUUUCACAUUAUAUUGAUAAAUUUCACAUAGUAUUGAUAAAAGUGAUGAUAGUUAUAGUUUUGAGUACUUGGCUGCUUUUCCAUGGCAAUUAUUGUUUUACCCUUGGAAGGCUUAAGAUUAUUAGAAUAUUGAUGAAAAAUUAGAGAUGUUAAUAAUCACGAAAAAAUAAAAAUAAAUGUUUUAAUCUUUCUGAAUUUUACCUUGCCACCACCAUGUGAAAUAUACAGAAUACCAGAUACUUUAAUAUCCUUAUGUGAACUCUCUGUUCCUUUUGAGAAUUAUUGUAUUAGUGUUGUCUAAGCCAUGAGUUUUAUGAAGCAGGUGUAUUGUAAUUAUUGUAAACCAUGAAAGAAAAAUUAUGGUCACCUUCAUAAAACAUUUGUUAAACUAAAUUCACAAUAGUUAUGUUUCAAGAUGAGAAAAUAUCCUUUCAAUUUCACUCCAGUGAGGAAAGAAUGAAAUUUAGGUAACUUCUCAGAAAGUUAUCAAAGGACGUCAAGACAGGUAGAGUUACAGUUAGAACUUUAAUUGAAAAAAUUUUUGCUGCCCUCUUGUGGUAGAAAAAGUAUAUUCUCAUAUUGUUUUUACUCUACAGAUUGUCUAGUAGAUUUCUUAGUAAAUACGUCUAGCUCACUUUCAGAAAAAACUAACUGAAAUAAAACUGUGUUAAUACUUA